AUGAGCCGAUGGUCCACAGUACCAACCUGGUGCAAGCACACUUCCGGGACGCCUAUAUUGGCGACGACGUUACCUGGGAUGCCUAAUCGCGUUACCGCGAUCGUCGCAACCCCUGCCAGUCUCGGCACCGAAUAUGUCAAUCAUUGGCGUAUAUUCUUGGCGUUGUCGGACAACGUCUGCAUUAUCUUUGACCCUGUCAAGGUGUCCCGUACCAGCACCCGCUUGCGUCUCGGGAUCGACGCGAGGCCCUAUCGUCUUACAAACAGGGGAUUAAUGGCGAUCCCAUUCUCCCUCGGUGCACAACAACAGAUUACCCCGUAUACAAUUUAUCAAGCGCUUCACAAUAAUCGUCUUUUGGAGUAUAGGUUCACCCCACAGGGGCGAGGCUGCCGUUUCUGGAUCAAGGCUGUCGUCACUUUCCUCGCUCAGAACAGCUUCAUUGCCUUCAGCAACCCCACACUCUUACAGCCCUACCUCGUCUGGAAAUAUCGCUUCACUGGACGGAUUCUCGCUACCGGAGUUGCGGAGACCAACGCGGAGCCCGACCCCAUGCCAGCGGGUACCUUCCUUUAA